AUUUACUGAGCAGACGUUAGUAUCUCCUGGAUCUGAUGACUUUGUUUGCCGUUUCUCAGAGGCGAUGACAUUGGGUAAAUUACAUAAGGAAGUCGGGAUACUAAUGCUUCAGGCAGCAGAAGAUCCUGAGAAAUCUGACAGUCAGGUGAUCAAGGACAUAUGUGGGAAGACACGGGAGAUCAUUUCUGUCCUGAGCUCGUGCGCGGAGGAGACCAGCGGCUCCAUAACCCUGGAGCGCCUGAAGCAGCAGAAGUUUCCCCCGGCUACAGAAAACUUCUUAAUCCACCUGGCGGCAGCAGAGAACCUCCUGGUGACGUGACCUCACCCCCCAAUCCUGGUCCCACUGCUCACAUAUGGGGGGGGGGGGGGAUUUUUAUUGAUUCACAGGAUGUGUGAACUUGUGUACAUUCCUGGAGUUUCUAAAAUAAACGUCGUCCCCUACAGGACACAAUUUCACAUUGCG